CUACGGUAACACCGGGCGUGACGCUGAUCCUUAGCGACACAAUGGAGCGAUGUAAAUAAUCCUUGCAGAUGAAACAGCAUCAUUUCGUUUCUGUCAUAAUUCUACAGUGGAGUGUUAAAUGGUUGUGGUGUUGCAGCUUCGAUUGGUUAAGCUGUGUUUUUGGAGUAAUAAAUUAGUUACUGAUUGCUUAGUGAGGCUGAAACCUCAGUUCAUCGUUCGGUCGCUAGCUAACCUCCUUUAUUCGCUGUGGUAGAUCCGAGCUAUCAGCAAGUCUGCGCCAUGGAGUUUCAUUUUGACAUUAAUCAGUUAUUCUCUGAGAGGAUCUCGAUUCUGGAUCAGAAUCUUGUUGCAAGUCGCCAAUCAAAAGAAAGGCCAGAUCUUCAGGCCAAAAUUGCAACAGUUGUUGAUGAGGUUGGAAGAGCCUCAGCAAUGGCACAACAACUCCCAGCACCUAUAACAAGUGCCUCCAAACUGCAGUCCCAGAAGCAUCAGCUGUACCUGAUGAAAGACGUAGAGAGCAGCCGAGGGCAUGGUGUGGUUGUAGGAUUUCUGAAGGUCGGCUACAAGAAAUUGUUUCUGCUUGAUCGAAAUGGUGUGCACAUUGAAGCAGAGCCACUGUGUGUUUUGGAUUUCUACGUUUCAGAACUCUUACAGAGACAUGGCUAUGGGCUAGAGCUAUUCAAUUUUAUGUUGCAGCAUCAGAAUGUAGAGCCAGUGCUGAUGGCAUAUGACAGACCCUCCAACAAAUUGCUGGCGUUCCUGGCUAAACAUUACAGUCUGAUGCAGAGCGUUCCUCAGGUCAAUAACUUUGUUGCGUUUGAGGGCUUCUUCCACAAAAGAGCAGUGGCCCACUUGAGAAGAGUUAAAAAGCCUGAUGGAGACAUUAAGCCUUAUUCUUUAAUGGAAAGAGAAGUGGUACACCAAGAGCAGAGGACUCUUCCUUGGCCAUUUGCUCCUCCUCACUCCCCUCAGCGGUCAGCAUCUUCCCAGUGCUCGCCCUCUCCUAGUGUGGGAAACUCCCCCAGCAGGGUGCUUCCUUGUGUCACACAUUCAUCUUUACCCGGAGACAACAGUGAGCAGAGCCCACGAUCACCUCUCAUCAACUGCUGCAGGACAAGACGUAGCAAUAGCCAAAAAGGUCUAGUUGCCAGAUCCAACCUGUACAGUCGGCACAUGGAGAUCAGAGCUGGUGGACUGCUGGACAGAAACUUGUCAGGCCUGAGACCAAUGGGAGAUCAGACAUGUGUACUGGGCUGCAAAGACGAACACAGCUCCCAGCCUGGCCUACCACCUCAGCUUGAACCUCUGAGUGGUCACAUUUAUAGCCUGACUACCAUAGAUGGCAUAAAGGGGCACCUGGAUUCAGCUGCUGAAUCCCAGGCAACUGAAGAGGAGACCAAAGUGUUGGACGAUAAACGAAGCUCAUCUGAAAGCAACCAGAAACCUCUGUUGGAGAAAAAAAAUGCCAGAAAACAGCCAGAUUGGUCAUGGACUGUGGGAGAGAACUACUCCGCUGGACAGUGGGUGAAGCAGAAACAGAAAUACAGAAGUACCCGUCCAUGGUGAUCAGGAACCAGUUCAUCUAGCUCAUUGAACAGAAUAAUGCAGUAGCCAUAUUAUGUCAAGCAGACCGGUCCAAACCAAAGUUUUACUCUGUUGAGUGUGGAUUGCAAUUAACAAUCUGAGACAACUCAACAGCCACCCUGUGAUGCCAGGCUGUAAAGAUUGAAAGGUUUUUCUUCAAAUUCAAAGGUUAAUUCAGUUUCACUGAAGCAAAAUGCUUCAGUCAUUUUUUUGUAAUUGCAGCUUCAGGUCAGCUGAGACAAUGAGGGAAAAACAUCAAUGAAAGUCAUUUGGGUCAAUCUAGUACCACAUCAACUACUGUUUGAAGGCUGCCUUUGGGGGAACAGCUGCUGUCAGGGCCACAGAGAAACCCUACAAUAACUUUCUCCUUACUAUGCUUUGGAAUCAGUAAUUUAGGCAUCUUUCUUUAGUUAUUUUAGAGUUUUUUCCCAAUUCUUAUGUACAUAGUUGUGGUAGUACCUAUUCAGUUGAUGGAUUAUUUGUAAACAAUUGGCAAAAAAGUUGUCUUUACAUAAGUCAGCUGCGGCACAUACCCACUGACCCUCUUACCAUCUUUACAAAACGUGUUGAAGAAAGAAUACCAAACCCUAACCGCAUUCUUCCAGUGAAACGUGAGGAACUGUCAGUUAACCUAAGCCAAACCUGUUUUAAUUGUCAGCAGCACCAUCUUGGCAACUAUCCUUUGUGUUCUGGGUUAACUCACCCUGUAACUUGACUUUCUAAGUAUGAGGAACUGCUGCUUAUCUACUGUCAACAUCUGUGUGUUUAUACUUGUAAUUCAUCACUAACACAUUUCUUUAUGUUGACUCAUUCUGCUGGGGUUGUUAGGAUUAAUGUUAUUCUGACCUGUCAAAAACAAUUAAAAAAGCCACUACCAUUCACAUAAGAACAUGUCAUUCUUAAAUACUAUCAUCUGCCUGGAAUCAACAGAUAAGUCAAAAUACUACACCAACACUGCUUGAUCUGAGAAGCCCUUAAUGUGGACAGGGGCACUGUUUUCUUUAGGGUUUAAAGGAGAUGGAGCAAAUAAGCUGGUGCGCUUAUAGGAUGUAGAGUAACGCUUGUAAAUGGGCUAAUAAGAACAACAGAAACUACCUGAAGAAAACAAAGAUAAUAGUUGCUGCAGACAAAAGUUUAACUAGAAUAUAGAAAUAAUGCAAUGUCAUGAUUGACUGAGAUCAGAGACUGAUAUGAAAAUUAAAAAUGCACAUCAGACCAACUUCAUCCUCAGAAAUGAAUCAGCAUCAACAGCUUCUUCUUUGUUAUGAAAAUUUUUCGUUCACAGGAUCAUAGAUGCUCACUCCAUAGUUUUAUUACAUGUUUGGUGUAAACUUUCUUUGAAACAGAACCGAAACUUGGAUGACUUUAAAUGUACUCGUAGUCUUCCGCUUCACGCUUCAGAGUCAGUAGAGACAUCCAGACGUCCCUCUCCCCAGACACCUCCUCCAGCUCCUCCGGGGGGAGCCCACAGCGCUCCCAGGCCAGCCCAGAGACAUAGUCCCUCCAGCGUGUUCUGGGUGGUCCCCUGGGCCUCCACCCAGUGGGAGGUCCCUGGAACACCUCCCGAGGAAGGCGUCCAGGAGGCAUCCGGUAUAGAUGCCCGAGCCACCUCAACUGGCUCCUCUCGAUUUGGAGGAGCAGCGGCUCUACUCCGAGUGAGCUCCUCUCACCCUAUCGCUAAGGGAGUGCCCGGCCACAUUACGGAGGAAGCUCAUUUCAGCCGCUUGUAUCCGGGAUCUCGUUCUUUCGGUCAUGACCCAAAGUUCAUGGCCAUAGUUGAGGGUAGGAACGUAGACUGACCGG